CCGAGCGCCCACCCUGGGGCCGCGGACUGCCGGGAGGUGAACCUCGGGCCGGGGCGGGAACCCGCCUCCGGGCGGCGGGGGCGGCCCCUGGUGUGUGCUCUUGGGGCGUUUAGUCCUUGCAGCUCUUCACCGAGUCUCGCUGUCCUUCACCCGCGCCCCGCCCAGACUCGAGGAAGCCGCUGGGACGCGUCCGGGCCGACAGGGCGGUUUCCGAGAGGCGGAGCUCAGUCGCCCAUUUCCUUUCUCCGUCGGCUAGAACCCGGACGGCGACAGCACCCUCUGGCUUCGGACCCUCCUGCGCCAGGCCCAGCGCUGCGCGUGGCCCCAGCGGCAGCAUGGGCGGCGCCCGGGAUGUGGGCUGGGUGGCGGCGGGCCUGGUCCUAGCGGCCGGCGCCUGCUACUGCUUCUACAGGCUGACGCGGGGCCGGCGGCGAGGCGGCCCCGGGCUACGGCUGCGCCCCUCGCGGUCCGCAGAAGACUUAACCAAUGGCUCAUAUGAUGAUAUCCUAAAUGCUGAACAACUUCAGAAACUCCUUUACCUGCUUGAAUCUACUGAGGAUCCUGUCAUUAUCGAAAGAGCUUUGGUCACUCUGGGUAACAAUGCAGCCUUUUCAGUCAACCAAGUCAUGAUUCGUGAAUUGGGUGGUAUUCCAAUCGUUGGAAGCAAAAUCAACAAUCCCAACCAGAGUAUUAAAGAGAAAGCUUUAAAUGCACUGAAUAACCUGAGUGUGAAUGUUGAAAAUCAAAUAAAGAUAAAGGUGUACGUCAGUCAAGUCUGUGAGGAUGUCCUCUCCGGCCCCCUGAACUCCGCUGUGCAGCUGGCCGGACUAAGGUUGUUAACAAACAUGACGGUGACCAAUGACCACCAGCACAUGCUUAGCAGUUACAUUACAGACCUGUUCCACUUGUUGCUCACAGGAAAUGGAAGCACCAAGGUUCAAGUUUUAAAACUGCUUUUGAAUUUGUCGGAAAAUCCAGCCAUGACAGAUGGACUCCUUGGUGCCAAAGUGGAGUCAUCAUUCCUUUCCCUUUAUGAUGGCCAUGUAGCAAAGGAGAUUCUUCUUCGAGUUCUCACACUGUUUCAGAAUAUAACUACCUGCCUCGAAAAGGAAGGCCAUUUAGCUAUUCAGCCAACUUUCACUGAAGGUUCACUGUUUUACCUGUUAUAUGGAGAAGAAUGUGCCCAGAAAAUGAGAGCUUUAGUUUUUCACCAUGAUGCAGAUGUGAAGGAAAAGGUAACAAUGAUACCAAAAUUCUAACUGGUUGGUCAUAUUUUUCCAAAGAGUAAUGCAGUCUAGAAAUAAUACACAUAAACUUCUCAUUUUUCACCUUCCUUACAAAGGGAUUCUUUCAACUGCUGAAUUUAAACAGUAAAUAACACCUUUCAUCAUUAACACAGCUACAACUUGCCCUGGUCUCCUGGUUUAUUUUGGACCAUUUUAUUGAUACCAAAUGAAUAUAAGAGCUUGUUCUGAAACCAUUUUCUUUGUUUUUUAUUUUGCUUUUUGCUAAGCUACUUCAGUUAUUUCCUCUACACGGAGUGACAGUGACCUUUUUAUGUGUAAGCUAGCUACCCUUCCACUGUUGGCAGUAAUUUGCAGUUAUUCAUCUGGGACAGCAGCAGUAUGUUUCAUAAGCGCCCUAGGAAGGACCUUGUUCUUUUAGUAGUGAUGAGAUCGAUCCCAUACUCCCAAGGCCACCUGCCACUCUUUCAGGUCUGUUCUAAUCAUUAGAAUCUAUUCUAGUCCAUGAAAACUGUAAACUGUUAGGAGAAAUGUUUCCUAGUACUCACCCACUCCCAUUCAGUUUGAUGUGUAUAACAUACUGGGAUCAAUCAAAAUCUAUCCAAAUGCAAUUGGUUAAAUCAGUUAUAUAGUCUUUUUAAAAGAAUGAAGCAAGUCUGAAUGUGCUGAUGUGGAAAGACAUCCAUGAAAUAUGGUUGUUUUUCAAAAUACAUAUUGUAGAAAAAUAUGACCCCAUUUAUGGUUUUUUAAAUCAAAAAAUUUAUGCUUAUAUAUGGACAGAACACUUCUAUCAUUCAUAUAUAGGCAUUUGGGUAUAUAUAUCUAGAAUGACAGCCAGACUGACUCCUGAGAAUAGGAUUAGGGAGUGAGGAAAUGACUUUUCUAUGUACACCUUCUUCUAGUGUUUGAGUUUUUUACUCUGGGCAUAAAUUUCAUAAUUUUUUUAAAUAAAGAAGAAAAAUGUCUGUCACAGGAUUAUUUUCUCCCCUUAAUUGAAAGAAGUUUUAUUCAUUAAUUAAUUUUCACCCAUAUUUUUACAUGAUUAAAAUUACAAGAUAUGAAAAAUUCUCAGCAGUUAUUUUUAAUAGUAUUUUUAUCCCAUAAGCUACUCUAACAAUUUAUUGAUAUAUUUGAAUUCAGCCAGGUUCCCCCCCCCACAGGUUUUGUAAUGUUCAAGUUCAUAACCACCACCAUGCUUAGUUAUUAAGUAAAUCAAUUUGUAAGCAGAAGCUUUCCUAUUCAUGUAUUUAAGGCAAAGCUUUAAGAGAAGAGUACUUUAAAUUUCAUUUGUAAAUACAUAGAUUUCCAUAGGAAGUCACAAAUCCUCAAACAGAAAAAUGUGCUUUCUCAGGGUUAUCCUGAUACAGAAACGAAACUUGGGAGACAUAUUUUUACAGUAGAAAUAUGACGAAAACAUGAAAAUUCUAAAUUAGCUACAGCAGUAAUAAAGUACAUUAUGAAGGCUAAGGAUCAUUUAUCAAGUGAUGCAAACAUAAGUAUUAAUUCCCUGAAAGGCACAUUUCUUUAUAACAAUUUUGCUUAAUCUUCCUCCUUGUUUAAUGAAAAUAUAUAUUCAAAAUGUACACACAUUAAAACGAAGAUUUGAUUUCAAUGUGCGGUAGCAGCAUUGGAUUCUAAAACACCCUCUCUUCUUUUCCUCUAUUAUUAGUUUGAACAAAUAACAUUUCCUGGAGAUCAGAGCAUUGAGUUUGAAAUGUCAAAAUGCUAGAGAAAAAGGGGCAGUCAUCCAGAAAGAAUUCCACAGGGAAAGUGCACAGUUCGAUCUCUACCUAUGUAGGUCAUGGCACAUCUUACCUUUUUUAGGUGGGCUUUCUCCUAAUUGAUGGUCCCACCCUCUUGGGCAAUGAGUUUCAAAGUGUUCUUCAGUUAUCACGGGAGAAAGGGAUUUCAAUAAGAUCUUACAUGUUGGUAUGGAUGCUGGCUAAUCAAAGAGGAAAAUGAAAUUGACUUAGAGGAUGAGACAAACGAAAAGGCAUUAUGACAUGUAUUAGACUGAAUGGAGGGAACAGAGUGGAUUAGUCUUGUUUUUCAAAAUUUGUUUUUGCUUUGUACAUAAAACCCUUCAAAAUGUAGAUAGGAGAGAUGAAGCUCAGUGUCCUUCUUAAUGAACAAAAUGUUGAAGUGGAAAGAAUGCAAAUGGUCAUAAAAAUUACAGCUUGGAGGAAGCCUAGAAAAUGAGGCAGGCCCAAUUAAGUGGAACUCAGAACAUAAUUUAAAGUGCCUGGAGACCCCUCAGUUAAACAGUACAUGUGAAUACAAAAUUAGCAUUAAGGCCACUCAAGGAGAAGAAAUAAUAAUUAAGCAAGAUGUGCUUGGCUUGCUUCAGAGAGCAGAGGUAAGAGAUGAAUUUUCCGUCUGGCGUGCAACAGCGAGGAAGGUGACCACAGAACUCUGGCUAGUAUUAGGGCAGCCCAUGCCAAGGCUAAUCCACCAUAAGCCAAACAUCUUGAUUCCCAUCUGUUUGCUAAAUGUUCCUUUGGAGUGAAAAAGUGUUUUUUUUUUUUCCUGAAGGUUUAUUUUAUGGGGAAAUUUUUUGUGCUUUAGUGCCCACAAAUCAUAUACAUUCACCUAUAUUGCAUAUACAUUUCCCCUUGACAGAUUUGCAUCUUUGUAGAUAAAAAUGCUAAAUUUUGAUAAAUAUUAUUUACAUUUAUCUUGGCUAUUAUUCUCCAAAUUUACAAAAUGUGGGAGAUAAAGUUGUUAGUCCUCAAUGUUUAGUGUCCUUACAUGCUUGAAUAUAUAUUAUCAAAAGCAUUAGCCUAUUUUCCACUUUCAAAUCUACCUAUCUGUAUUAGGCAGUGAUAUCUUAAGAUAUCAUUUUCUCCCUUAUAUUUUCAAAGUGUUUUUUUUUUUU